AUGCAGACUAGGCCUUUUGACUCUGAGCCAGUCACGCAAGAAAGAACUCUAAUCAAAGAAUAUGCUGAACUAUUGCAAGCAGAGGAGACCUUAUACAAAGCAAAAUCCAGAGUGCUGUGGUUAAAAGAGGGAGAUAAAAACACCUCCUUUCUUCAUAGAAAGAUGAAAGCACACACUGCAAAGAACAAGAUAUUGGCAUUAUAUGAUGAUGAGGAUGUAAAGAUCACAGACUAUGCUGAUCUCUGCAAGGAACAGGAUAUUGCAGUGUGUGGAUUUUAUCAAAAGCUUUUUUCUCUGGAUUAUCUCUGGGAAGCUGACUAUGAAAAUAGAAUGUGGCAAUUUAUUAAUCCUGUACUUAGUAGUGAGCAAUGUGUAUACUUAACCGCUAGAGUUACUCUUGAAGAUAUCAAAAGAGCCAUGUUUCAUGUUUCAACUGAAGGAUGUACUGUCCUCACGUUGGUGGUGCCAAAAGUUGAAAAUGCUAUGCACAUGAAGAACCUUAGGCCCAUAGCGUGCUGCAAUACAUUGCACAAGUGCUAUUCUGCCAUCUUGACCAAUAAGCUAAAGAAGGUUAUUCCUGAAAUUAUCAGCAACACACAGCGUGCCUUUGUGAAAGGCAGACACAUUCUUGAUAAUGUUCUCUUGAUGCAUGAGGUGGUGAGGGAUUAUCACAGGAAAGAUGGAUCACCAAGAGCUGUCAUAAAGAUUGAUAUUAUGAAAGCCUACGACGCCCUGAAUUGGGAUUUCUUAUUUGCUGCUAUGAAGCUAUCGGGCUUUCCUGCUAAAUUCAUUGCUUUAGUGGAUAAAUGUGUGACCAUGGCCUCCUUUUCGCUUAACCUAAAUGGAUCAAUGGUAGGAUACUUCAGAAACGAAUUGGGAGUGAAACAGGGGGAUCCUAUAUCCCCUUAUCUGUUUCUAAUCGCUAUGGAGAUAUUCACAAAAUUACUGAAUUGGAACAUUGAUAAGUGUUGA